GACGUCCCUGACGUUGGGUGGAGAUGGCGGCACAGCGCAGAAGGACAUCACCCAUCAGUGCGCCCCUCCGACUCCCGCCGAACGGGAUAGACCUAGGCCUGGAACCAACUCACCCAUUCCGGGUAGGAGACCAGGUGAUUGUCAAGGCCCUCCAGAAGGGAAAGAAGCCGGGGAGCUUCAUCUACGGACAACCCACCGAGGUAGUCACCAUCACCAAAAUAGCGGUCCUCACUGAGCAGUCACCCACCUGGAUCCACACCACAAGGAUCAAGCUGUUAAAGAAAAGAGAGGUACUAACAGAGGCAGACAGCCUUGACCUCGAAAAAGGCGGAAAAGGGGUACAAACGGGGGCAGACAGCCCUGACCCCCAACUAGGCGAAGAAGGGGUACAAACGGGGGCAGACAGCCCUGACCCCCAACUAAGCGAAAGUCUCCAUGAGUUCUGGCAGUUAAUUUCUAAUAAUGACACUGAUUGCGGAACCUUGAAAAUGAAAUACCCUUUGCUAACAGAGACCCCACACUCAGGGGCAGGUAUACACAUAUACCCAGGGAAUUACACAUGCUAUAGGGGAGAAAAGGAAGGUGUCAAUAGAAAGAACUUUACAAAGGGAUAUUGUGCUAGUUAUAGCUCUGUAGAAGUGUCACUCACUCAGAACCAAGUUUUUUCAAUAGGUGACAUUUACUGGAUCUGUGGCGAUGGUAAAAUAAGGUUCAAUCUAGAGGGCAAGUGGAAAGGAGAGUGUGUUCUAGCUAAAGCCAUUAUGAACAUUCACAUAUUCACAGAAGGGGGAGAACACGUAAACUCUGCCACAAAAAGGAUAAAGAGGUCAACACCUGCAGGUAGCGUCCAUCCACAUGUAUACAUAGACACGAUAGGGGUCCCAAGAGGGGUCCCUGAUGAGUUCAAUGCCAGGAAUCAAGUAGCUGCGGGCUUUGAAUCUAUUCUUUCUAUAAUCACUGUGAACAAAAAUGUAGACUGGAUUAAUUACAUUUACUAUAAACAACAAAGGUUUGUAAACUACACAAGGGAUGCGUUACGAGGUGUUGCAGAGCAGCUCCAAGCUGAUUCCAUUAUGACAUUUCAGAACAGAAUGGUCUUAGAUAUGAUUCUGGCAGAAAAAGGUGGGGUGUGCAAAGUGCUUGUGGAUCCUACAACAUGCUGCACCUUCAUACCUAACAACACUGGUCCCAAUGGUAAAGUAACUAUUGCAAUACAAAAGUUAGAGGACCUGUCUGCCGAACUAAAAAAGAACUCAGGUAUUACAGAUCCCUGGGAUCAAUAUUUUGGAUGGUUUACUAACUGGAAACAUGCAUUAACCUCUUAA